UUUCAAAAUCUUAAAUCAUCUUCACACUGCCACUCCAUUCUCUCUUCUCUGUCCUAUAUAAGCCACUCUGCUUCAUCAUUCCUUCCAUCCCACCCUUUCUUUCUCUGCUUCAAUUUCUUCUCCUUCUUCUUUAUUAGGAUUUUAGCAUGGCUACUGCUGAGGUUGUACCACCGGAGACAGUUCUCCCAGAGGAAGCAACAGAGGUGGUAGAGGUACCGCCGCCGAAGGUUGAAGAAGAAGAAGCUCCGCCUCCAGCGGCAGUAGAUCCACCGGCGGAGGAGGUGGCAAAAGAAGAAGAAGCCACCGAUCCCCCUGCGGCUGAAGAGACAGAAACUCCUGUUGAAGUUGAAACCAAGGAAGUAGUUGUAGAAGAAGAGCCAAAGGAAGAGAAGAAAGAAGAAGAAGAGAAAGAAGAAGAGGCAGGUGAGGCUGUGGUGGAGGAGGAGUCCAAACCGGCGGAGGCUGAGGCACCGGCGGAGGAGGAGGCUGUGGAGGUGGUGGAAGAGAAGCCUGUAGAAGAAACAGAGGAGAAACCAGAAGAAGAACCUGCAGCAGAGAAGGCUGAGUAAUUAAAUUUCAAUCCAAAUUAUUAUGGGUGUAAUGGAAAAAAGUUGAUGGGGGGUUUGAGAAAUUUGGUUACUUUAAUUGUGGAGUUUUAUGUAUGUGAAGUCAAGUGGUUGAUUGAGUGGGGAUUGGGAAAGAGUGUAAUAAGCUAAAAUGUGUAUAGGGAUUAGGGGACCUUUGUCUUUGUUUAUGUGGAUCAGUGGAUGCCUGUUCAGAGUGCAAUAUUUUUGCCAGUUUGUCUGUCAUAAUAACUUACAGCCAUAUAUAUAUCUCUAUAAAAAUAUUGCAUCUGAUGUAAGAGAAAACAAGUCCUAGUGUAUUUUUGUUCAUAUAGAGCUUUGGUUAUCUUAUAAAAGUUUAGCUAAAAUCA